AACCCGUAAUGACUCUCCCAAGUUUCUUGAAUCAAAAUCUCUUCAUUGUAAUCUUUAUCUUUCCGUUGCAUGAUUUGAACCAAAAAGCUGAUUCCUUUUUCAUUGAAUCUGAACCUUCGCCAUGACUGAACCAAGAUGUUGACUUUCAUGACUCAAUCGAACAACAACAGCUGCAAGAAUUGAGACGGAGAAGAAGAAGACGACGUGGAUGAAGAAGAUCAGCAGAUCUCUCUAUUGGCUUUUCUAGUCGCCAUUUUCAGGAGAUCUCUGGUUUAUUGCAAAGAUCAAUCGGAGGGAGCUCUGUAGCAUGGAGAUAGGAUGGCCCACCAGUGUCCGACACGUGGCCUUCGAGCCUGAGGGUUCCCAGAAGCGCUCCAGUGCAACAGACAGUCUUUUGGGGUAUCAUAUGAUUUGAGAGGCAAUUGUGUACCAGCCAUACUCUUGUUGAUGCAAAACUGUUUAUAUACUCAAAGGUGUGUAAUGUUUUGCAUCAAAGAUAGUGUUUUUUGUUUUCCUUUCUAAUGUUCAUUUGGUUUAGAGAACUCCCUACGAGCGUUCUCGAUUCCUUGUCUUCUGAACAAGUGAUGCAAUGCCAAACGGAAGAGGACUAUGUGGAGCUAGUUUGGCUUCUUCCACCUACAGAUGUUCAGUAUGCGCAUCUUAACAAGAUGAACACAUUGAUUUAAAGGCCCUUUCUUGUGAUGGAUGAUCCAAUGACAGGUUUGAUGUAUGCUGUUCAAGUGAUGAACUUAAUAGAGAAAACUCUAAGGGAAAGGCAAGACUCUGUAGUUGAGGAAGGUCACGUCUUCCCUUUAGAACCUUCUGAUGAGAGCAGCGGUCACCAAAGCCCUUCACAGUCUUUGGCUUUUAACACCAUUGAAGAGAGUUAAGAGCUUCAACUAGACUACCUCGAAGUUGCAGAAAAUCAGAGUUUAAGCAGUGAGGAAUCAACCCAUAAUAAUGCCAGGACCAGUGACUCGGGUCAGAUGGAAACAGAGAUUAAAAGUAGCGUGCUGGCUCUGGCUCUUCCGGCUCAGUGGCCUGUUGGAAAAGGAUUGACCAACCUGAGCCGUCUAGGUUCGAGGGCAGAGCGUACUGAAGCUUGGCGGUGAAGAAAGGAGCAUAGAGGUUGUUGUUUUGCAUGUGUUAAUGUGUUUCUGUAGUUGUCGUUUCGAUUCUUUUUGUCUAUGUUCUAAAUUGGCUUCGUCUGUGUUAAACCGUCCAACACCAAUGCUUAACCAAACUUGUAAACCGUUUUAAACCGGUGGGCACUUGA